AUGUCGGUGUGCGCAGCGGAGAAGCCACAACAACACAACUCAUCUGAACCUGCACAGCCGUGCGUUCGAUACCACAGCCGUGUAAAAACCUCCUUUCCUCCCCUGCAGAACAUCAUCAAGAAGGUGAUCGGCCAGAAGUUCGUCUACAAGUUUGUGUCGUUCCCCGAGAUCCUGAAGAUGGACCCGGCGGCAGUGGAGGUGGGGCGGUGCGGCGAGGAGGCCGGCGGCGGCGGGCUGUCCGAGGGCGAGGGCGAGGAGGACGGGGGACUCCGCAGCGGACGGAACGAGUACCUGCGCUCGGGGCUGUACUCCUCCUUCACCGUCAGCUCCCUCCAGCAUUCCCUAGACCUGCCCCGCCUCAUCAAGGCGGAGCCCCGGGCGGAUCACCACGACGACAGCGCCUCCGUCAUCCGCUUCGUACCGAACCGUGACCCCACGGGCAGGGCGCUGCCACCUACCCCGCCGACUCCUCCGACGCCCCUGCCGACGGCGACCGACGGCCUCCACUCGUCCAAGCUCUCCCCCCAGCAGGUCCGCCCACCCUCCUGCUCCUCCUCUCCACCUCAGAGCCCCGCCCACACACUGUGGAGGGGGCGGAGUCCCGUCGAUGAGACCGACGACUCGGAGCAGAACAGUCAGCCGCUCAAUCUGUCGUCCGGUCACAGAGACAGAGAACGCUCAGUGAGCACAUCCACUCCAGAGAGGCGGGGCCUAACCAAUGGCUUCACCUCAAAGAACAGGAAGCCCAAAGGCUUGGAGAUCUCCGCCCCCUCCCACCUCUUGACAGGAAGUGACAUCGGGUCCAUCGCGCUCAACAGCCCGGCGCUGCCCUCAGGGUCCCUUACACCAGCUUUUUUUACUGCGCAGACUCCUUCUGGACUCCUGCUCACUCCCAGCCCUCUGCUCUCCAGCAUCCACUUCUGGAGCAGCCUGAGCCCAGUUGGACCCCUGAGCCCGGCACGCCUACAGGGCCACGGACCCCUGUUUCAGUUUCCGACCCUACUGAAUGGACCCAUCCCUGUGCCACUACCCGGCCUGGACACCGCCUCCCCCCUGCUGCUCUCCCCCGGACCCCACAAGUCCUGAUCCGGCCCGGAGAACCAGGACCCAAACCAGUCCAGUCCAGGCCAAGGCCUGCCCAGGCCAAAUCAGCACUAAAAUCGAUCAGCCGUGUAUCGGUGUUGGAAAACAGACUCGAGUCAGCCGGUCGCCAGGCUUCGUCGCCCACCAUGGUUUAGUUGUGCUCUUCAUUCGGGUCGCGUCGAGGAAGACGCUGGUGCUUCACGUUGGGGCUUGCUCUCCGCGAAGACUAUUUGCCGUAAACAUUUUACUUUUGGUUUUUGCCAUAUUCUUGGCUCAUCUCAUCCCAGAUGGUGUAAACCUCAGUGAUAUAUACCUUGGCUGCCAUUUCGUGAAUGUUACUUCUCUCGUUUUUUCAUUUUCACAGCCCUUAUCUGACUCCUAGCAGGGCAGCUGCUAGCUAGACAGAGGGCCAGGCAUUAUAAUGCUCUGUAAAUCUUUGUAUGGUCAUUUUGUAUUGCUUUGAUAAUAAUUUGAGGCUGUGAAAAUUGUCUUUCUCUAGCUAUGUUUUUGUAUAAUUUUAUACAAUAUCCUUAUGCACUGUGCUUUUUACCGUGUACUGGCUGUGCCUUCUCAAACGUAAGACUUAUGUAAAUGUAUUAAGCUUUAAAUCUAAAUAAGACAAAAUUCCGGGUCAAUAUUGAACAAAAGCUUUUUUGUAAAACGGCUUUUGGUUAUUUUUUUAAAAAGGAAUUGAUUAAAAAAAAAAAGUAUUCUCAAUGAUUUGGUCAUUUUUGCUGUUGUGUGUUGAGAAAAAAAAAUGUACUGUUUUUUGGAAUAAAACGAGGCAUUGAAUGCUACCCUGGUG